CAGAGCAGUAAUGAGAGGACAUUAGUAAGGAUUACGACACCAGCAUCAGCAGUGCGUUGGUUGCUGCCGAUAAGGACGGCUGCUGACAAGCAAGAGUCCCACGAUCAGUGAUAACGGUAACGAUAGUAUGAAGUCAACACCGGGGCUGACAGAACAGUUGUCAUAAUAAAGGUGAUCAUCCUUGUCACGUUGCAUCGAGGCAUCACCAGCCAACAAAAACAUGAACACUCAAAAGAGAUAAGUGCUGUGAUAAAAGUCAGAUAGAACUACUCACUCUAGCAGUUCCGCCGCCCUUCCAGCCGCACCGAGCGGCCGCACGACCCCGCCCGCCGGCCCCGCGAGCAACACUGACCGAGACCAGGAUGCUGGCCCUUCUCAUGGCGCUCCUUGCAGGUGCAGCCGUCGCCCUGGAAGUAGCCCCCUUGACCAUAAUCGGGAACAAUCUGUUUAUUCACUACGACUUCGGUCCUUCCGAGAACAACAGCGUCCUCCUGUGCGCCUACACGCUUGACGAGGGCCAGGCGGUGUCCGGGGUCCUCUGGCAGAUCCUGAAGGAGGAAGUCUCGGCCGGAACCUUCGAGUGGAAGCCCAACGCCCCUGCGACUGCCACAGGUCUCCUGAAAGACAAGGUGAACCUCGAACGCGAUGACAGUGACCUGGAACUGACCACGCUGACCUAUGAGCUAAGCGCCAACUACAGCUGCACCGUCACUGCCGACGAUGACAGGACAGCGAGUGCCAGGGAUGAAAUACUGAUCGUGGACCCCACCAGCAGCCAGGUGUACGUUAACGUCGACGACAGCGAGGCCGCCUGCACCGUCCGGGCGUCCGUCAGCUACUACCCCGAGUUCCCCGAGCCGACCGUGGCCGCAGGGCUCUUCUCGGAGGACCUCGGCGAGUACUCCGAGACGGUCAGCAACUGGACCGCCGUGCGCCACGCCAACGGCUCGGUCGCCUUUUCCUUCGGGGAUCGCGUCUUCAAGGUCGGCGCCGACACUCCGCCCGACGCGCGCUUCCAGAGCGAGAUCGGCGUCACCAAGUCCGACGGGACGUACUUGGGCCAGUCGAUCGUGAGCUUCGACUUCGGUUUCAGGCGUAGCUGUAGUUUCCUUAGCCUCGGAGCGAACCAGACGGUGAGCUACAACGCUGACAACAGAACGUGUUUCGGACAACCGUACUCGUCCGGAAGCCAAGAUCUGGAGGCGAGUGUACAGUGCGUGGACGGCUACGUCAGCAGUAGGAACGUGACCUCCAUAACGGUGACCUGUGAGGCACUGAGCGCGACCGGUUACCGCUGGAUCCCCGGGGCUGAGGGCCUUCUGCCGGAGGACCUUGUCUGUGAACCGGAAUCCGCUGGCGGAUCAGCCACCAGAGUCGCCGUCUGCCACGCCUUCCUAACGGCGACGCUUCUGCUCUGCCUCCGCGGCCGCUGAAUUAAGGAGAAAUAUUUUUCCUGAAGCCUUCAUAAUCCAUCUAAGUAAGGACUUUCAGUGCAUUCCUUUGCAUUAGCUUCUUCGGGCUUAUCAUGGGAAUACGAUAAUGUUAAACCAUUUAUGAUUACCGAAAUACCAUUUUUGUAUGAAACUGCUUACGUCAAAGAGAAACGUAAAAGCUAUAAAUAGAUUGAUAAAUGCGUAAAUAUAGAGAUGGAUAGGUAUACGUGUGUGUAUAUAUAUAGGUCAAUAGAUUAAUUGUGUAUAUAGAUAAAUAGACAGAUAGAUUGAGAUAGAUAGGUAGUAGCUGGCCAAGUCUCUGUUUCCGGUGAAUUUCUUUUCUUUUCUGAAAGCGUAUCUGUCACCUGCUUAGUUUUUCGUAUCAUUAUUAUUCUUUUAUUUGAUUUCAUAUUUUAAGUAUUACCUUUGAUCAUCAUUGUUGUUUAUUUAUGAAACAGGUGUCCACGCUUUGCACAGGGAAAGAAUGAGAAAACAACUCACACACUGAUUUCGGAGGGACAAUUAACUCUAAUUUAACGAAAAAUUUUAACGAAAGUAUGAACAAUAUGUGGAACAGAUUUUCGCUCACUAUUAAUGUAUUUUUGUCAAAUAAAAUGUGUAAGGAAGGUAAUAUAUAUCUUUCAACUGAGUAUUUUUGGCCAGAAAUGAUCACAACAAGUAAUGAAUGACCCUUUCACUCUAUUUGCACUCUGUAAUGCCAUCGCUUCAUUACUGUGCUUAAUGUCAUUUCAUUAUAUUUACGGCAGGAAAGAAAAUUUCACAUAGACUAGUUCUAAUUGUGUACCCUAAAUAAACAGAUGCAGAAAGGCA